UCUCCUCAGGUGUGUGGCUGAAGCCCACCAGGGGGUCCAGGAUGCGGGAGAAGAGGGCUGACUUUGUGGCCGGUUGUCUGGGAGGACGACUCAUCGUGGCUGGAGGACUGGGGAACGAGCCCUCUCCGCUGGGCUCGGUGGAGAGCUACACCCCCGGGAAGCGGCGCUGGGAGUACCUGCCGCCCAUGCCCACGGCGCGCUGCUCCUCCGCCUCCGUGCAGACUCCCAGCAUGCUCCUGGUCAUCGGGGGCGUGGCCCAGGGCCCCAGCGACGCUGUGGAGGCCCUCUGCCUCCAGGAGAACGUUUGACCACGCCCACCGCGCCCGCCGGAGAGCGGUAACCCUACAGGAUGCACCACGGUGGCUGCUGAUUGGCUCGUUGAGACGGUGGACGCAAGGUAUUGUGGGAAACUUUCACCGUCUCUUUCCGAGCCUGGUCUACAGCUCUGUACUGUCCGCGUGCUGAUUGGCUCGUCGGGACGGUGGACGCAAAGCAUUGUGGGAAACUUUCACAUUCUCUUUCGGAGCCGGGUCUACAGCUCUGUAGUGUCUGCGUGCUGAUUGGCUCGUCGGGACGGUGGACGCAAAGCAUUGUGGGAAACUUUCACCUUCUCUUUCGGAGCCGGGUCUAUAGCUCUGUACUGUCUGCGUGCUGAUUGGCUCGUUGGGACGGUGGACGCAAAGCAUUGUGGGAAACUUUCACCUUCUCUUUCAGAGCCUGGUCUACACCUCUGUACUGUGUGCGUGCUACACCACAUCACACCCCCUGGACUCGUGCACAGAACUAAACGCACGGGGUGUUGACGUGGUCCAAUGUACACUCUGAGAUCUCCUCUCCAACACAGACCUGUUCCCUAAUGGACCCAAGGCUUCUGUCUUCUGACCGGGAACGCUUUGAGCAGUCGGGUCCACUUUGCUGUUUUCAAGCCCAAAAUGAGUCACAAAGCAGGCUGGGCUCCCUGGGAGCAGAGGGGAGCGAGGGCCGGAAGAAAAGACAGAAAGCAGACUGUUAACACUCUCUGGGGAAAUCAGAGGAGACAACUACCACACACAUGCACACAAACAGACACACACACACACACACAAAGGAACAUACACACACACACACACACACACACACACACACACACACACACACACACACAGUCACAUGAGAACACACACACAGACACACGCACACCCGAGGAUACACACACGAGAACAAAUACACACACAUGACAAAACACACACACACACACACACACACACACACACAAGAACAGACACACACACAAGAACACACACACAAGAACAGACACACACAAACCCGAGGACACACACACACAUGCAGCGCCUGCAGCGACAACAUGCCUUUUGAACAGUAAUAGUUUUUUCAAAAUAAAAGCAGGGUACUUCUUGGAUACUUAAAGGAACACAGGGCCAUAUCUGUUUCCCGCUCUGGGUGGACCUCAGAGCCUCUUCUAAGCCCUUCCUCUCGCGUUCUGGGCUGCGUGACGUGUGUAGUUGUUGUGUCUUUCUUUUUGCCCGCUGCUGUUGUGUGUAAAAUGAGGGUAUGUGGUUAAAUCCCGUGAUUACAUGGGCUGAGGCAGCUGGACGGCAGAAGAUAGCAGAAGAUUACUCCACCACCUCCACCACCACCGCCACCAUGUCACCACCUCCAUCCACAACGUCAUCCUGUGAGUCUCAAAUCUGUUUUAUCACCAUGGAGACGUGAGCUAUAGUUAUUCAGUGGGAGAGUGGAUGCUGCCCUUCUCAUUGCCCAUUGGCAAAAAACAUUCACCUCCUCAACUGCCAAUCAAAAAUCAAAUGCAGGAGGGUAGCGUCUACAGCUGGUCAUCAGCUAGCUCAGAUUAUCACGUCAGCGCAGGGUACAGGGAACUGAAAUGCAUUUGCGUGGUUGCAUUUAAGAGGUAAACGGGAAAGGUCUGAUCUCUUAACGAAGCAGUCUUAGUUUUCAUGCUCCCGGUGAGCCACGGCUGUACCACGUACACAUAACCUCCGACCAAAAUCCAAAGUCUUGGCGUAUUUGUUUUAAACUUUCAGCCAUGCAGUGGAAGCAGCAGGGAGGAAAGUAGUGACACAAAAUGUAGUUUGUUCUAAGUCAAGAAGUACUUGGUCAAUUAUCGCCUCUCUCUCUUUGCUCUUUCCGCGCAGCACAAACAAAGGACUCAUUAUCUGGGUUGCACCGACUCUGUUCUGAACAAUCUUUUCCCGAAUUGCCUCUUUGUCUGAAUACAUUCCGAUGGGGUUUCGAGAGACCUCGUUAUCCCGCGUCCCAUGUUGACGUACGCCGAGCUACGAAACGCUACUCACCGUCGUUACUUUUUUUUUAUUAUUCGUCCAGAAUCUCGAGGCUGUCUUGAGACUCACUUUAAUGACGCCUCAAAAAGAAAUCCCCCAGCGCUUCUCGGCGUUUAGUGCAAACCCGACGCCGCUGGCCUUUGACACGGCGAGAGCCAAUUAUCCCGCCCCCCGCGCAGAGUGUCCAUAAGUCCGGCAAGGAGCGAGGAACGCGGAACGCUAGUUAGCUCCCCUCUCCGACGGUGUGCUGGCACGGCCCGUUGCCACGGCGCCAGACGGACUGGGAGUCCAGCAGGACACUGAGGAGCCGACCGCGUCCAGGGAGUGUGUACUGCAGAGCUAAUGGGUUUAUUCAGGGGCUGUGUGACAUGUAACACUGCACUGGCUACAUGCAGGGGAAAGACUUGGGGAGAACGGGAUACUGAGGGAGCGUCAUGCUAGUAUUUCCAGCAGCGUUGAAACGCUGUUCGAAACACUCGUAUAAUGCUCCCUUAUUACAUUUACGUUUAGGGCAUUUAGCAGAUGCUUUUAUCCCGAGGGACUUACAAUCAGUACAUUUGUCAGAAGAACUAUGAUCAACCAUAUAUCGCUGUAGGUACAGUAAGGAUGUUCAUAGAGCCAAGUGCCAAGCACAAACAAUUGCAAGGUUAACCCAUUCCCUGUAUACAACGAAGAUAGCUAGGAUAAGAUGCUACUAAUUUUAGGUUCAAGGACGUACAACAUACAAUUAGUGCGUACAGUAUUCGGUUCUCUGUCCAUCCUGAUGUAUUUCAAACCGGUUUUGUUUCUUGUCUAUUCUCACGGCCAGGGCCUCUUCAGCCGUCGAUUCAGCAGGAGAUUGAAUGUGUGACAAAGGGUGCGUGAAAGAAAGAGAGAUACGGAUAAUGACAGUAGAGGGGGAGAGAUAACCGAUUGGAGCCCUGACAACAAAACACCAAUCUCAGAAUGCUGAGAGGGCUUUUCUUUAAAUCCAACUGUCCCUCAAACAAACAAUGGAAGACACACACACACACGAUGGAGGACACCAAGUUAAUCAUUCUGCUCCUCUUUGCCAGCCAUCACUGCAAGGUUGAAUCAAGUUACAGUGUGUGGUCUUGUGUGCGUGUGCGGGUGCACGAACCCUGUGUUGUUGCGUCUGCUUGUCACCUCCAAAUACAAUUCCCGUAAUUUUGCGAUGGCCUGCUCCAAAUGAAACUGGACAACUCCAACAAAUUGAGAAAAAUGUCAUCCGAAUCGUACAAACCACAUUGUGUCAUCGUCCAACGAGGAGGAAGAGGCGGGAAAGGGCAUCGCUCCGAGGUUUUUAUAGAUCCGACAGAAUGUUCAUGUCUCAGGGGUUGCAAUGGAUUUACCAGGAUUCCUAGUUUCUGAGCUUGUGCGUGUGUGUGUUUGUGUGUGUGUGUAGCCUCAUCUACAUGUAUCAUCUGUCUGUUUUCCGACCCUAUUGAUCCCUGAAGAAGAGGAGCCACUGUUUUCCUCGGUUCGGUAAUUCAUUAUCUGUCUCUCUGACUCAGCUUUAAGAGCUGUACAACUGAAUGACUCAGUGCUCUAGAGGCUCCGCAGACCUGCGUAGGACUCGGACCAGAGUUUGUACAGCUUCCACGUAAAAAAGUUACCAAAAGGAUGAACUUUACACCUACUUUUCUCUGAGAUAUCUCUUUACAUACAGUUCAAAUUCUCACAUUAUGGUAAGAAGCAAUACCUGUGAUGGGAUUGAGUAAAUUCACAUAAAUUACAAAUUAAUUAUGUUGUUUUAAGAAAGUGAUCAAGCCGAACAUUGGUUUGUAUUGGGUGACAAGUUAACUUGUACUCAUUACCCAUCACCCAUUACCUCACAGGCCUUCUGAUAGGUAGACUAUUUUUCCCGCUCUUUCAGACUCUUUUCCCGCUCUUUUCCUCAAGACGUUAACAGACUCAGGUCCGGGAGCAAAGAUAUAACUUCUCAUGGCAACCAACCAGUGUUUAUAAUUCAAAUUGAUCAAAUAAGUCAGAGGCUUGUGUCAGAACUGUGUUAUUUUUGAACCAUGGAAAGCCUCUCCUUUGUGUUUUUUGUUUGCGGGGACGGAACUUGGAACUCUGUUUUCCAGGCAACUGGAAGGAACCGUGGCAACGCCCCCAGGUAGCAACACCCACAGGUAGCAUAGAUGUUAAAAUAACGUUUAAUUAGCAUAGCCUAACUUCAUGUGUUUUUUUUAAUACAUACAGCUUCAAAAUGCUAGUUGGGGACAUUGUAGGAGACAUUGGUAAAUAGCUACAUUUUAUUUUGUGUUCGCCCUCCAGUUUAUAGUAUUGUUUAACUGUGCGUGUUUGUUUCUAAGUGAAAUGCUAGCUAACAUGUUACAUGUGGUGACUUUUAGAUUGUUCUACGGUUUAUUUGUUUCAUUCUUAUUAUGUUGUACUAUUUUCAUGUUUUGUGUUGGACACUAACAAAUUUGUGCAGACAUUUUGGAAAAAUUACUCGCAAUGUGUUAAGAGUUAGAUAAAUUCACUGUUGUGCACUGGUUCUUUCUAAAGAAAGAGGUUUAAAGCAAUGUGUUGUUUUAUAACUGGGUUGAUGUUAUGAUGUGCUUUUCAGCUCGAUGGAUCAACGUUCAAAUGUUGUGUCUGUACUUAUGGUGAAGCUGAAUUUGAUGUACGUGACGAGAUGUGUUGGUUUAGGGGUGUGUGUCUGUGUGGAAGGAGACAUUUCAAAGAUCUAAGCGUAAAAUAUUUCUUUAAAUAUAUAUUUAUACUAGUGUGACUACACUACUAAGCUAAUUCUGUCAGGGGCCCUUGUAAUAAUUUAAACAAGCAGAGAUCCACAUGAUCACUUCACAUACUUUCAUUGAAUACAACAUUAUUGGGAAACCAAUCAAUAAUAAUUAACAAUAAUAAUAUCACAUGACCAUGACCAUACUAAUAAAGAUUCUCCUCUCAUUCAGUUUUCGGGGUGAGAAUAUUUGAACAACCAACUCUAACGCAAAAUGUGUGUCGUUUAUAAUAAUCCUUUUUCCCCAGUGUAUUUGACUAUUGUGAAAUCAGGCUGUGUUUGGUACGAUACUAGUGGUGUACAGAAGAGAUCAUUCAUUCUGAGGUUAAUGACACGUUAUUGGCCCGAAACAAACGUAUGUUUACCAAACUCUUAAACUCGGAAACUGCUGUUUUACGCAAUUCACUUUCCCUGCGUGAACUCUGUUUUGCGCUGCACUUUGCGACAGCCGCAACACGACUAGAGUCCGGGGAAGGUGGGGUCUGACGGGGUGUUUAUGGCUACCGAUCAGCCCAUGGGCUGGUGAGUCUGCUCGGAUCUCGUUGUUACAGACAAACGUCUGUGAUCGUCUCUCCCGUUCAGUAGUUCAGUGCCUAUAUUAAGUGUGAGGUUGUGCCUCAACUAUGAACUCUGUUCCACAAUAAACUAUUUUGACUUGC